AUGACACGCUUUGCUCGAGCUAAGGGUUCUAAGUCUUCUAACCUAAAAGCACCCGAAGACAGUACACCAUGGGAAGUAAUGAAAGAACAAAUGUUGAAAGCAAAAACAGAACAAGAAGAUUCAAAAAAGCGAAAAGAAGCAGAACAACAGAGAAUUGAGAAUUAUGAAAAUUUUCUGAAAGAACGCAAAGUUGAAAAACGUAAAGCUGAAUGGUGUGAUUUUCCAGAAUCGCAAACCAGCAAGGUAGAAAAUCGUUCAGAGAGUUCACAAACUAAAAAAGCAAAAGGGAACAGAAACAUUGAAACAAAUGCAAUCAGUGAGUAUUCUCAGUGCAGUACGGAUGCGAAAAAGAAAAAGAAGAAAAAAAUAAAAAAUGAUAGCUCUAAAAAUAUGCCUCAAGAAUUAUUACAAUCAUCUCCAAAUAAUUGUCUGGAAAAUGUAAGCAAUGUAAUAGAACAGCCCAAGGAGAAACCAAUUAAAGAAAAUAAGAAAAGACAGCAAGUUAACGACCCUAAUAUAAAAGAAACAACUAAAAAGAUGAAAAAGUCCAGUAAAAUGAAUAAAGUUGAUAAUGCAGAGGCAAUCCAAAAUCAACCAGCUAAUUUAGAAGUAAAUAAUUUAACAAAGCAAAAAAAGAAGCAUGGGGAUAAGCCUAUUAGAAGGAAAGAAAUAAACGAUAAAAGUUUUCAAUUAAUUAUUAAUGGUAAGGAUGUUGAACUAGUGAGAUUUGAUGGAUUUCCUAUAAUGAAGAAAGACGCAGAGAGGAUACAGGAGUUAAAAAAUAGUAUGAUCAAAAAAGGUAUACCCAAAAGUGAAGUUCAAAGAACUAUAAAAUUAGAGAGAAGAAGGGCAGAAAAAGCAUUGGCAAGACUAAAAAGAGAUGUUUGCUACAAUUGCAGGAAGGGAGGUCAUAAUUUAUCAGACUGCCCAGAUCUAAGAUCUAAUAUACCAGGAGUUGAUUCUGCAGAUGGUGUGUGUUUUAAGUGCGGUUCUACAGAACACAGACAGAAUGAAUGCAAAGUUCAGAGGGACAAGGAGUUUAGAUUUGCAACCUGUUUCAUAUGUAGGGAAACGGGUCAUUUGGCAAGGCAAUGUCCAGAUAAUCCUAAGGGUCUUUAUCCAAAUGGUGGAUGCUGUAAGCUAUGUGGUGAUGUCACACAUUUGAGAAAGGAUUGUCCUACAGUUGCAGAAAAGAAGGAAGGUACAUCAAUAAAACUAUCAACUCUGGAUGGCUAUGAAAAUACUGAAGACAUAGGAAAACCUGAUAUAGGAUCUGUUCAACAAGAACCAUCUAAAAAGCCUAAAAAAAUUAAGUUCUAA